UAAAACAAAGAAUGGAUGGAUCAUAAGUUUUCAUCAAACCUUCAACCAGAGAGAGCAGUAGUGCAGGCGAGACUUGGAGGAAUGGACUGGUGGAAGAGGAGAUCACGGAGGAAGAAGGCGAAGCAGUGGUUCUUGGAAACAGGAAGCGCCUUUCUUGAGGAACUUGUCGCCGGCUGUAACGGUAAGUCGAAUCCUAUCCGCAUGUUUUCCUCCGACCAAAUCCUCAGAGCCACCGACAACUUCCAUCACAGUUGCUCUAUUUCCAUCGGACGGGACUUCAACUGGUACAGAGGUGUCAUAGACGACAGAGUUUAUGCGAUCAAGAAAUGUCAUACCAGUGCUGAUGAGAAAAGGAUUUACAAUGAUAUUGUGAUAUCUAUUCGGGUGAGCAAUCAUAGUAAUUUUCUCAAAGUGUUGGGAUGUUGUCUUGAGUUUCCUUUUCCGGUUCUUGUUCAUGAAUACCCCGAUAAUGGAGUUCUCAACAAUACCAACGGAGGUAAUGGUGGAAAGGAUGGACCGUUGUUACCUUGGAAGCUGAGAGUUAAGAUCGCAAAGGAGACUGCAUAUGCUGUAACAUAUCUCCACAAGGCGUUUCCAAGAAUCAUUAUACACAGAGACAUAAUGCCGUGGAAUAUAUUCUUGGACAACAACUGGACAGCCAAGCUGACCGGUUUCUCGAUUUCCAUAUCGCUCCCCGAGGGCAAAUCACGAGCUGAAGAUGUUAUCGUUGGAACAUACGGACCGCCUUUUUCCUCUCAUGGUGGUUAUGUAAAGGUUCAUGAUUAUGUGAAAUCUAUAAUCGAGUACGGAGAUAUGAAUGAGAUGAUGGCGGAAGAUAUGACGGAUCAUCAAAGAUCGCAAAUGGAAGUGUGUCUUAAGUUGGCGUUGAGAUGCUGCGAGGAUACGGAAGAUGACAGACCGACGAUGGUGCAAGUGACAAAGGAGCUUAAGCAGAUAGAGACAUCUCUUCAUGCUACCGGUCCGAGCCAAACUCUUCAAAGUGAUUGAGGAAACAUAUGUUAUUGUUUUCGAAGUCGAAAGUUAUAUUUUAGAUACAUGACUAUAUGGUAGAUACAUAUUUCAAGGCUACAUGUGAUGUUCCUAUAGAUAUCAAAUGAUAAAUUUGUAAGAA